AUGAGUUCGGAAUCUGAGGAAGAGGACCUGCCGCCAGACUUGCGUCAUAAUCCCGAAGAAGUAAGUUAAACAGUUGAAUAGCUUACAGCAGUCCUUCGAGUUUUUGUUUUGCUACGAUGACAGACGAGCCACUGCCGAGACAACAUACUUUCUUUAGUAGAUAGCAGUCAUCUUUUCUUAAUGCGAAGAGGCCGUAGACACCGGCCCAUUCUGUCUUUUCGUGUCGUAUUACUGUGGCAAAACAGUUACUCUGAUUAGGCGCAAAUCACCCCGCAGUAGCAUGUGUGGUUAUUUGGGGCGUAUCACACAUACUAGAGGCAUCCUAUCUACUGCCGAUUAUGCAUAGGUGGUUUCGCUCACACCCUAUUAGUUUCAGAUGAUUGGCGAUAUUAACCACUGUCCACGGGGCAGUUACGCAGCGCUACGUUGGUAGCCAUUCAUACGGCUUUGUAGACCCGGCUAUGAUAGUUACAUUGUACCACUUUCAAUGUUAUUUGAGUAAGGUCAAGCAAAGCAUCUGUGCUGUUGAUGGAUCUGUCGGCGAGAUUAACCCAUGCCAUCUAGACGAAGCACAUUACCGUUAAUUAUUCUUGUCCAUUGAAAAUAUUUUUCACGAAACUGCUAUUUAUUUGUGCAGCACAUUCUUGAAAUCGGCUUAUCUCGUUCUCACGUUUUUAUUCACCCAUAUCUUACGCGCACUGUCGUUUGCUUACCAUUGAAACGCUAUCGAUUAAACCCCUGAUUUCACUGAGAAUCUGCGCUCCUCUGCCUGGACUGGACUCUCAAUUUGGAUACCCGUCAUUGAGGUUUACCCUGCAGUUAUUUGGUCCUCAGAAAAUUGGGUAUGGAGCAUACAUCGCCUAGAGCGAAACUGAGAUCGAAUAGGGUCGCCGCCGCCACCACCCAGUAGAUAAAGCCCCCCCCCUUGCACCUUUCGACAUUGAAGUCUGUCAUGAAAGCCGCUUGUCCUUCAUUUCGUCUUGCCUCAAACUUCUUCUCGGGUAUCUUUCAAGUUUCACUGACUGCGAACAUUUCUACUGUAGGCACAUCAAGCAAUAUCAUACUCACCAAGUUUUCCAUGAAGUAUAUACGAGCGGUGUUCCGUUAUGAAGCCCAAAGAACCAUUUUUUGAAAUUGCAGAAAACAUUAACGCGAGCCGAUGUCAUGUUCACACUCCGUCAGUCCAGACUAAACGCUAUGAAACUUCAUUACUGCAUGACAGUGCGAGUUGCAUAGAUAUUCGACACUUACUUCCUCAGAUUGUUUGCCUACACGGGGAUGCCUUACAAAGUAGAUGUUGUCGUCUUAUCCCUGUUUGGUGUCUUUGAUGAGACCUUAUUAAUUUUCAGAUUAUGCGGGCUAAAGAACGGAACCCAGGAAUGUUUGUGAGUGCUUGGCAGGCCGAUGAGGAGGACAUUGACCAGUGGACAAGGAAGCAAAUUAGGCGUAAGAACUCUCCUGCAACAUAUGCCACCAUUUACUCGAUUUUCUACCACUGCGAUUUCCAUAUUCAACAGCGGCCACCCCUUCCCAAAAGUAUACUGAGACUGACCAAGGGGCUAAACGGGAAAAAAUGAACUAUGCCCUAUUUGAUGUUCUGUUUUCUUCGAUACACAGAAAGUCUCUUCAGAGGCGACUGCUCAUCAGCCUCCGGAGAUAGCCUAGUUAGACCGGUCGAAAAAUAACUCUUCUACUCAUCUGCGUUUCGCUUCUCGAGUUCGCAAUUUCCCAUAUUAGUUCGCGACUAAGUUCUAGCCUCACCUCAUUAGUCAAGCCAAGUUGAUACUGACCGAUUCUGGUGCCAUUUAUUGUCGCCCUACGUUACUUAUUACAGUAUGGUACUGUUUGUACGAGCAGCAUCAAGCGAUGUCCACCAGCUGGCCAACCUCUAACUGGCCACCUGCAGCUUGCUGAGACCUCUAAGGACAGUGACGAAGAUUCCUGCAACACAAUAUAAGACCACUGCCAGCUUUCCUUGCUCAGAUAGCAAAUCAUCUUCUGUCGACCAAAAUUAUCGCCAUGAUCAAGGCCUACCGUCGCUCCACCACUGCGCGCUUUCUGGUUGAUGACAAUCUCCAACCGUUCGAUAUCCGAUCUGGUGUUCGACAAGGUUGGAUUCUGUCGCCUAUUCUGUUCAACUGCGCCGUCGACUGAAUUCUCGAAAGGGCCCUACACGGUUUUGAUGGUGUUACGUUUACACCCGGACGCCAGCUGAUUGAUCUAGACUACAUUGACGGUAUCUGCUUAUCAUCUCCUCAAGCCUUGAUGAUUUAGUCUGUGGUGUUUGAAGUCGCUAUUUCGGUUGGUUUAUCCAUAAACGUCGGGAAUAUCAACCCGUUUACAAGCUACAUUCCUGACCAGGUGGAGGCAGCCCUCGGGACUAAUGGCUGUAAACUUGAAGGAGUAGAUAGUUUCGAAUACUUCGAGCGAGGCUGCUGUCCAAUGAACGUAGUAAACACGGCUUUGCCCCCCGAAUCAGUGCUGCCCGCAGGGUUUUCCCAAUCCUUGGAAAGUGCUUAUAAACCCACGCGAUAUCUCCAUCGCCUCAAAGAUCUGCAUGUACCGUUUAUCUGUCAUGUCAGUCCUCUGCGGUUGUGAAUGUUGGGCUUUGCACAUGGAAGAUGGGUAAGAAGACGGGAGGUAUUUAACCACCACUGUCUGAGGACCAUCCCCCGAGUAAAGUACACCGACUUCAUCUCAUAUCAGACAAUAUCGCGAGGAUCUCUCAGGCCAUCCAAGAAAUUCGGCGUCCUCCGUCGUCCAUGUCACGAGCUGAAUUACACUGCCAUCGAUCCGGCGCCGCUGCCUACCUGGGAGUGUCCAAGAGGAGGUCAUCUUAAGACCUGGCUCGACACGACUCAUCAAGACAUGGAAGUGUUUUUUCGGAUUUUCGGUAUUCGGUCUCCGUCACUGAAGUAGAGAAUAGGUCUAACUGUCCAGAUCCGCUGCCUCAAAUCACCAUGCCUGCAAAGGCACAAUACGUGACAUCAUCGAGACCGCCUAGAUCAGGCAUGACUACAGCCGUCCCAAAUGCAGUCGACACCCUCAAAAACAACGAGCUCAACUGUAAUCUGCUUUUACGUUCUCCCCGACUGGAUGUCGGUACAUUCUUGCGGCAUUUACCCGUAUUUUCUUUGUGUCCUUUUGAGCAUGCUCUCAUUAGCACAAAAAGAUGUUGUGACAGCUUAGCUCACGCAAGCUCCCUUAGCCUUUUCGAUCGAUUAGGUGUUUCGCUGUCAGCAAAAGACGCGAUGUGCAUGUUUCGCGCACUGACUACAGUGACAUGUUUUCAAGGACAGACCUUUGCUGACCACAAAGAGAUUUGUUUGACUUCUUGCGCAAGUUCCUUUACCAGAUUUUUACAUAGGUGGUCAGUCCGAUAAGUCGAGAAUUGAAAUUAAAAAAAACGCGAACUCUUUGUUCGGCGGGAACGAUCGGGACCAGGUGUUCAGCAGUUCAAAUUUGUUUCCUCCCACCUCCUAACAGGUAACGUACUUUAUCUCAGGAGCUCAGACGCUCCAGUUAUUCCAGAGACGUGAACAACGGGGUAGUUCGCUACUUUGCCAGAACCCAACGGCCCACUUCGAUCACCAUUUGGGUCAGGUUUCCCGUUCAAAUCUGCCUCCAGUUACUAAUUUGUGUUUUGACCUGUCUAGAAAACAUUUAUAAUUCCAAAAUUAGGCUAUCUUCGAGUUAAUUUUAAGAUAAGCACAUUGGUAAGUCUGGAAACCUGUAACGUAGCUCCACUCAAUUUCUCCCUCACGAUUUUCCGUUCACCUCGGUUCUUCUUGAGCCCACUUAUAUACGUUCACCAAUUGUGUGCAAACUUUGUCAGUCCCAUGGAUUCCGAAGGAUCUGAGUAAGGCUUCCAAGGUUUCCUUCAAACGCUUUUCCUGUACUCUAUCUGCGAGAACCUGUUGUAGCGCCUCCAUAAAGUGGCAUUUGCUGCUAGCCUGCUCGGCUCUGUACGGCACCGCAUCGUCUAAUUUGUCAUCAUGUCUAUUGCGCCUGUACUGCGCCGCGUUGUCACAGGGUUCUGAAACCCAAUCACCUUUUUUCUCUGCCUGUGUAUUUCUAGCGAAAUUCAAGCUUUUCCGCAUGUGCAUGCGUCCUCUUGUUAGGAGAUCGGAGGAAACAGCUUGUGGUGGCCGCUGAACGUGGCGAUAUGGACGCUCUUCGCAGCAAUCUGGCCAAUCUCACCCCGGCCGAGAAGGAGGAAUUCCUCCUUUUUACCGACGAUGACGGCUACACCGCCCUUCAUCGGGCUGCCUAUGGUGGUCACUACGAUGCUGUCGAGGUGAGUAUGCCUUACGCACUCUGUUUUUUUUUAUUUCCCUUCCCUCAUUUGACAGAGGACACCACGCUCCUCGUCCUUUGCUGUAUGAUUCGUGCCUCAAAAUGAUUCACUGCCUUUAUGUAGCUUAAUGGCGGUCCGUUUUGGCGAAUCAAGCAUAGUACGAACAAGAUGGCAAUUUAGAACCUAGUCGACUAUAAAAUAGAGCCACUAUGUGUCGCAGGGAGAAGGCGGCGAACUGCCCUUCUGGGCAUCACGGAAAAGAAAGAUCGACGCUGAUGCCGGUCGUUUUCUUCUCACUACAAUCUGAGUUCACGCAUUGGGUACCCUUAUUCAAAUUAGGGGUUCUAGAGGUUUGCUGGGUUUCAGUCCUUUAUUCGACAGACCGCAUUACGCGCGUCAAGUCGAGUGGAAAUGCCACCGACUCGUUUCUCCAUUCCUAAUUGCCGAAGGUAAUACGAUUUGUUGAUCAACUUGUCUUCAAGUAAUCCGGUUUCUAAUGGGUCGACUGGCAUGGGCUAUAAGAAGUCGUGCCCGCGCGCCGCAGCCUGUGGAUUUCAUACUCGGACAUACAUCAAUUGUGGUCGUACCUGUUACCCGCAAAUUCAGGCACACUGAAAGGGUCAUCUAUGAAUUAUUAAUCAAUGGCUAAGUACCGCUCAUCUCAACCGAUAUGACAGGGGCACUGAGCACAGCGGUGAGAGUCGUAGUUGAGAAUUAACUAAACGGUUCAAGCCCUAAGUACUCAAUCACCUGAUUUUGAGGGGUAGAAGUCAUAUAAGCCCGAAAUGACUUCCAGCGCCCCCGAACUUGAGGGAGAGAGAGGGAGGGAGGAAUGCGCUUUAUUUUGAAAUCAUGUGUUCAAAAUUUUCAGCAAAAGGUUGGCUCCAUUCACUAUGGGCAGUAAAUAAGUCAAUAGAUUAUUCAAGAGUCAAAGUUUAACCCAAAGAAACGAUUAUUAUGGGGAUAGUUCAAGUCUUAGCUUCUGUAUUUCUGUCUCUUCGCACGUAAGAUAGCGCGCUAGGAAUGGCAAUACAGAAACUCGAUAAGCCGAUGUGCGACAGGAUAUAAGACGGAAGUUGCGGCGCAUCGGCCGGGAAGACUUGGCAGACAUAAGAUCGAAUGUAGGGGAUGGGCAACGUCAUCUAGAAUUCGACCAGCAAAUUGCUUGACCGCAUUGAAGUGUCGUUGUAAGAUAGUGUCAACUGAUUCUUGUUCCCAUGCGGCCGCCUGCAUCGGCCGUACUCCCAGUUCCAAGACAGUAUUUGGGUGCCCGCAUUCCGCCCACGGGCAGGAUAGAUCGGUUCACAUCGCCCCUAUGUGAAUUUCCGCCGGUACUUCAAGACAUCAGUGCUUCAGUCCUCUUCAAAUGUAGAGCGAUACGUGUGUCUUCACGUUCAUAUCCUUCCCCUGUUGCCUUCAGUAUCUUCUGAGUGAGGGCGCCAGGGUCGAUACGCGCAGCGUUGAUGGCUGGACUCCACUGCACAGUGCCGCCUUCUGGAAUCAGACAGCCUGCGUCCAGCUUCUUCUUGAAGCCGGCGCCGAUUGCAAUGCCCGUAAGCUCCUCCAAAAAAGCGCAUUUUAAUUAAUGCCUAAAUAUUGUUUACUCAUGCCCUGCUCAGUAGUUGGGUUUUUUCAAUUUUCCGUGCCCGCUGCUGCGGGUUCCACAAUUUUCUGCGUUUGCUUUUUUUAGUCACAAACAGUAAUCAGUCCCUGUUGCAUCUCGCGGUAUCCAAUAAUACGACAGUGGAGACCCUUUGCUAUUUGCUGGGGCAUCCAAAUAUCAACGUAGAUGUGAAGAACAGUGGGGGCGAUACUCCGGCCGAUCUCCUCAAGCGAAGCACCUCGCUUUCAUAUUUGCUCCAUCCACUGACCGCUGAGGCCACCCAUCUCCUCCCGCCCAAAUAA